CCCCGGCACACCUGGCUGCUGAGAACGGGUACUACAGAUCCCUUCAAGUUCUUCUCUUUGCCGGUGCUAACCCUGACAGACCUGAUGCUGACGGACGGCUCCCCAUCCACCGCGCAGCUCUGAGACGACAAGUUUGGGUCCUACGCGCAAUGUGGGACUUUGGGUGUGACUUAUCAGCCCCUGCCGCGGACUAUUCCACCGCCCUCCACCUUGCCGCGGGCGUAGGAGCUCUAAAUGUGGCAAGGUUCUUAGUGGAGGUGUGCGGGGUGAGGCCUGGGGUGACGGACGGUGAGGGGUACACUGCUCUUCAUCACCCCAACACCCAGAGACACCCCAGACUCGUUGCGUAUCUGAGGGAGGUGGAGUCGAUGAUGGAGGCCGCCAGAUGGAACCCACAGCACCAGAUGCCUCCGUACCCUCGCCUCCCACUCCGGCCCACGCCUAGGCAACCGCGCCCCAUGCACUACAACACCUACCACUACGGCCACCACCGCUACCCCUACCACAACCACUACAGGACCUACGGCGGAGCUACCAUGCGUUUCCAGUACAAGGGAGGGCGUGUGUGGUACCGGAAGAGACAGAGGGAGAGAUUUGCUACUGUUAAACCUUCCAUCAAUACCUCACCUGCCUCGCCAGCCUCCACGUCAGCUCCCUUGGCUUCUGCGGGUGCUGUGGCCUCCCGUGACACCAUCUCGCAAAAUGGGUACAGCCAGGCAGACCCGCAAACUCUCGGCAAUGCAGGCAGUGCGGUGAGGAAUGGUUUGAGUGACUCCACCUUGCAGGAAGACGUGAGGGAUGCUUUGGCAGGUGGGCGCCGUCAGGAGUCUGUGCCAGCAGGAGAUGCGGCGGUGAAUGGAGGGUGUCAGGAGACUUCCCCGGCCACUGCAGAACCCCAGCACAAUGGUCACGGCCCCCCAGACACCCAGCCUAAUGGACAUGAGGCUAGCUUUGUGUCAGACGGUGCCACUGGGUUCUGUUCCAAUGCCACGCAGGUAGAAGCCUUCCAGAAUGGCCUGACCCACUUGGAAAACGGUCUGCUCAAUGGGCACCAACACUCAGAGGACGCCGUUCAGAGUACAUAUCUCUCAACGACCACCAGCGGCUAUGUUUGCUCCAACAGCUCGGUGACAGAUGCUUCCAAAGACCUUGCUUACUACUCAGAUGCCUUAUUGAACGGCCACCACGAUGAAGAGGCCCCAGCAGACACACAGCUACCCCAGGACACCACUGCCACCCACACCACACCCCAGCUAAAUCCGUGGGAUACAUUCUCGCGGCCCAGUGAGGAUGGUGAAGAGAGGCGAGGCACCCCAGCAAGCACUAGUCACGUUCAGACCUUCUCGUUUGUGGAAGGGAAAUCAGAGGCUGGACUCGCCCACCAGACCUGGCAUUGCAAUGGUCUGGGCUCGUCAGGGGAAGGCAGUGAGAUUGAAGACCAGAAUUUGUGUGGCCUGACUGGAAAUCCUGGUGAGAGGGACACGAUUGAUGAGCGGAAUGACGGAUCAGGCUCGGAGGGGUACCACAGCCUGACCAGUCCACCAGAACCCUUACUCUCAGCCCCAGACCAUUCAGAGCCUUUGCAGCCCACCCUGGACACCUCAGACCCACCGAGCCCUGUGGAGUUACACCCACAGCACCCUCACCCCAAUCCCACAGACUCAGAGGGGUACCACAGUCUGACCCAAGCGGAACCUCUCCAGUCAAAUGUAGACACCUCGGAGCCCCUGAACCCCGCAGGGACACAUUCCCAGCAUCAACACAUGAACACACUCACAAAACACACCCCAGAGUCGUCCCUGCCAAGCCCACAGUCCCCCAGCCUGCUCACCACCCAGGACACCAAUGGUAACCUCUUCCUGGCUGGUCUUGUGGGGAACAUCAUCGACACUCGGCCCAUAACUGGAAGAGGAGAUGAGGACGUGUCGAGCAUCAGUGAGUUGAAGACACUUAAAGAUGAGGUGGAUGAGACGCCGAUGAGAAACCAGGAGGAUGUGUCUGUGCAAGAGGUGCCUGUAGAUGAGAGAGAUUUCAUGGGCACCCCUGACAGAAGGACUAACACUCAGUUCUUGCUAGAUGAAGAGGAAAAUGAAGAGGAGGAGAACCCACAGCUACAGAGUCGUGGGGAAGAUGUAGCUGGAGGAAGGAUAAGAAACCCAGAACCUGCUACUGAGGAACAGGUAGCUACUGAAGGGGAAAGGACGAAUUUGGAAGCUACUGAAGAAGAGAUGAGGACUGCAGAAGAUGUAGCAGGAGGAAGGACGAAUCCCAAACCUGAAGAAGAAGAGGUGAGGACUGCAGAAGACGUAGGAGAAGGAAGGACGAAUCCCAAACCUACUAAAGAAGAGGUGGGGACUGCAGAAGACGUAGCAGAAGGAAGGACGAAUCCCAAACCUGAAGAAGAAGAGGUGAGGACUGCAGAAGACGUAGGAGAAGGAAGGACAAAUCCCAAACCUACUAAAGAAGAGAUGAGGACUGCAGAAGAUGUAGCAGAAGGAAGGACGAAUCCCAAACCUACUGAAGAAGAGGUGAGGACUGCAGAAGAUGUAGCAGAAGGAAGGACGAAUCCCAAACCUGAAGAAGAGGUGAGGACUGCAGAAGAUGUAGGAGAAGGAAGGACGAAUCCCAAACCUACUAAAGAAGAGGUGGGGACUGCAGAAGAUGUAGCAGAAGGAAGGACAAAUCCCAAACCUACUAAAGAAGAGGUGGGGACUGCAGAAGAUGUAGCAGAAGGAAGGACAAAUCCCAAACCUGCUGAAGAAGAGGUGGGGACUGCAGAAGAUGUAGCAGAAGGAAGGACGAAUCCCAAACCUGAAGAAGAGGUGAGGACUGCAGAAGAUGUAGCAGAAGGAAGGACGAAUCCCAAACCUGAAGAAGAGGUGAGGACUGCAGAAGAUGUAGGAGAAGGAAGGACGAAUCCCAAACCUACUAAAGAAGAGGUGGGGACUGCAGAAGAUGUAGCAGAAGGAAGGACGAAUCCCAAACCUGAAAAAGAGGUGAGGACUGCAGAAGACGUAGCAGAAGGAAGGGUAAGAAAUUCCAAGUCUACUGAAGAAGUUAAACCUCCAGAGGAAACGAUAACAAAUCUUAGACUUACUGAAGAAGAGAUGACAAGUGACAGGACAGACAAGACAGAAGAAAGUGCCAGUGACGAAACGGUGCCAGAAGGUGAGGCACUGAAGACCCAGGAUGAAACAGAGGAGGAGGAGGAGGAUAAAGGAGAGGAGAGGGAUGUCAGUGGAGUGAAGGGUGUGACAGGGGAGUGCAGAGCAGCAGAUGAUGAUGCUGAGAGAAUGGAGGGUAAAAUCGUGGUGACAGUGACCGAGAGUGAGACCAGAGACACUGCAGAUGAACAUGAGAUGAACCGGAGAACGAAAGCAGAUGAUGUGAAUGAAGUGGAGACAAAGAAAGAUAUAAACAUAACAGAAAACGUAACCAGUGUUGUGAAAGAGAAAGAAAACGAGAAAAUGAACCACAAACUCAAGAAAAUAGAAGACACUGAAGGAAAAGAGACACGGAAAGAGGAGAAUGAGAUUAAGAAGCAUGCAGUGAACAUAGAACAAGAAGGUGUGACAAAGAAAGUAGCAGACACAAGCAGGUCUGCUGAAGAGAAGCCCAAGAAGAGAGUAACUUUUGACAUUAAGAAAAGAGAAGAGGAGACAGAAGAAGAGGAAGAGGAUGAUGAAGUACAGAGCUCGAUACACAAGGAAGAGGAGACAGAAGAGAAAGUAGAGAGCUUGAGAAAGAGGGAAAGAGAGGAGAAUAAGGGAACACAGAACAUGAUAAAGAAAAAAGAAGAACAAAAGGAGGAACUGGAGAGAAAAAAGAGACAAAGAGAGAAGGAAGAAGAGUCAAGGACCACAGCAAGGACCAAAGCACAGCAGGAGAAACAGGAGAUACAGAAAAACAAGCAGGAGGUGAAGAGCACAGGCAGCAGGAAGACACAGGAGACUGACCACCAGGAGGAGAGGCCGAGCAGAAGCAGGAGUCUGACCAAAAAGGCAUCCCGGAGCAGCAGCAGCAGGAGUGUGGAGAAGGAGGAGGAAGAGGAGGAGGAGGAGCAGCAGGAGCAGUUGCAGCAGCAGGAGGAGCUUGAGCCUGUCAUGUCGAGAAGGAUGCGUAGGAUGAUGAAGAGGGAGAGAAGCAAGAGGCUGGCCAAGGAAAUAGCAGACCAGGACAGCAGUAGGCAAGCAGUGCCAGGGCCUGCCGAGAGUGCCACGCCGGCAUUAGAGACAGAAACUCAUGGCAAGAGGGGCAAGAAGAAGGGUGGGAAGAGAAAGGGUGCCACGCCACAGGUGCAAACCCAUCACAGCACACAGAAAACAGAGAAGAACCAGCAAGCAGCAGCCGGGAAGUAUAAGACGCCCACUGAGAGCCAGCAAGAGGCCAGAGCAACAGCAGAGAAAGGCAGGGCGCCUACUAACACCCAACAGGAGGCCAAAGGAACGACAGAAAAGAGCAGAGUGUCUACUGAGAGCCAGCAGGAGGCCAAAGGAACAGCAGAGAAGAGCAAGGCGCCUAUAAACCAGCAAGAGGCUAAAGAAACGAUAGAAAAGAGCAGAGUGCUUACUGAGAGCCAGCAGGAGGCCAAAGGAACAGCGGAGAAGAGGAGGGUGUCUACUAACAACCAGGAGGGUAAGAGCAAGGUGCCCAGUGACACACAGCAGAAGGGUAAGGAAAGGCAUAAGGCUGCGGCACAAGCAGGCAAGAAGCAGAAGGGCCGUUCCGCACCCCCAGCAGACCAGCAGGGAACCAGGAGUGCUAGCGAGGAGAAGAACAGCUGGUCGAGUGCCACUAAGGAGCUCGUGGUGAAGGAGACAGUGACCGUGGGGAUGAUAGUGCCAGCUGAUGAUGGUGACGAGACAGUGCCAGCUAAGGACAGUGACAGCACGGUGAGCAGUGAGAAGACAGUGCCAGUUGAGAUCUGGGAGCAGUCUGAAGUCACUGAUGGUCCUGUGAGCAGUAAAGAAGCAGUUCCACCACCACCUACUGAAGAGACAGUCCCAUCUGAGCACACUGAAAAGACAGUGCCAGCUGGCGACACUGAAGAGACACUGCCACCACAAAUUACUGAAGAGAGAGAGUCGCCAGAGAACAUUGAAGAGACAGCGCCAGCUGUGAACAAUGAAGAGACAAUGCCAGCUGUAAGCAGUGAAGAGACAGUGCCAGCUGUGAACAAUGAAGAGACAGUGCCAGCUGUAAGCAGUGAAGAGACGACAGUGCCAGCUAUGGACACUGGAGAGACAGUGCCAGCUGUAAGCAGUGAAGAGACAGUGCCAGCUGUGGACACUGGAGAGACAGUACCAGCUGUAAGCAGUGAAGAGACAGUGCCAGCUGUGGACACUGGAGAGACACUAGCAGCUGUGGACACUGAAGAGACAGUGCCAGCUGUGGACACUAAAGAGACAGUGCCAGCUGUGGACACUAAAGAGACACUGGCAGCUGUGGACACUGAAGAGACAGUGCCAGCUGUGGACACUAAAGAGACAGUGCCAGCUGUGGACACUGAAGAGACAGUGCCAGCUGUGGACACUGGAGAGACACUAGCAGCUGUGGACACUGAAGAGACAGUGCCAGCUGUGGACACUAAAGAGACAGUGCCAGCUGUGGACACUGGAGAGACACUGGCAGCUGUGGACACUGAAGAGACAGUGCCAGCUGUGGACACUAAAGAGACAGUGCCAGCUGUGGACACUGGAGAGACACUGGCAGCUGUGGACACUGAAGAGACAGUGCCAGCUGUGGAUACUGAAGAGACAGUGCCAGCUGUGGACACUGGAGAGACACUGGCAGCUGUGGACACUAAAGAGACAGUGCCAGCUGUGGACACUGGAGAGACACUGGCAGCUGUGGACACUGGAGAGACACUGGCAGCUGUGGACACUGAAGAGACAGUGCCAGCUGUGGACACUGAAGAGACACUGGCAGCUGUGGACACUGAAGAGACAGUGCCAGCUGUGGAUACUGAAGAGACAGUGCCAGCUGUGGACACUGGAGAGACACUGGCAGCUGUGGACACUGAAGAGACAGUGCCAGCUGUGGAUACUGAAGAGACAGUGCCGGAUGUAAGCAGUGAAGAGACAGUGCCAGCUGUGGACACUGAAGAGACACUGGCAGCUGUGGACACUAAAGAGACACUAGCAGCUGUGGACACUGAAGAGACAGUGCCAGCUGUGGACACUGAAGAGACAGUGCCAGCUGUGGACACUGAAGAGACAGUGCCAGCUGUGGACACUAAAGAGACAGUGCCAGCUGUGGACACUGAAGAGACAGUGCCAGCUGUGGACACUGAAGAGACAGUGCCAGCUGUGGACACUAAAGAGACAGUGCCAGCUGUGGACACUAAAGAGACAGUGCCAGCUGUGGACACUGAAGAGACAGUGCCAGCUGUGGACACUGAAGAGACAGUGCCAGCUGUGGACACUAAAGAGACAGUGCCAGCUGUGGACACUGAAGAGACAGUGCCAGCUGUGGACACUAAAGAGACAGUGCCAGCUGUGGACACUGAAGAGACAGUGUUAGCUGUGGACACUGAAGAGACAGCGCCAGCUGUAAACAGUGAAGAGACAGCGCCAGCUGUAAACAGUGAAGAGACAGUGCCAGCUGAGAGCAGUGAAGAGACAGUGCCAGCUGUGGACAGUGAAGAGAUAGUGCCAGCUGUAAGCAGUGAAGAGACAGUGCCAGCUGAGAGCAGUGAAGAGACAAUGCCAGCUGUGAGCUGUGAAGAGACAGUGUCAGCUUUUAGCAGUGCAGAAGCAGUGUCAGUUGAGUGUACGGCAGUGCCAGGGCCAGGCAUUGCACUGCCGGCAGUGAAAGUUGAGGUGACAAUGACAGCCGGCGGGGCAUUGAAUGUACAGGUGACGCGGGAGGCAGGCUCAUCCGCCAGGACACUGCCAAUGACCACCGUUCAGUCUUUAGUGCCAGCUGUGAAAACAGUGCCAGCUGGAGAAAAAGUGCCAGCUGGAGAGACAGUUUCAGCUGGAAAGACAGUACCAGCUGGAGAGACAGUGGCAGCUGGAGAGACAGUGGCAGCAAAGGAGACAACGGUAAGAGAAGAGCCGUCAGGAGGUGAGGAAAGACCAGUGUUAGGAGAGACCAGGACCGAUGAAGAGACAGCGGCGGUGAAGACAACCCCGAAAAAGAAGAAGAAGAAGAACAGGAAAGACAAAUGCAAAGAACGAACGCACACACAGACAGACGGACAAGAGGCGCACACACCCACGCACACACACAAGAGACACGAGGAGAAAGAAGAGAAAACCGAGCAAAUUAAUACGGCACACACUGAGACAAACACACAGACACACACCCCAAGAAAUGUAGGAGAGACAGUGCCAGAGAGUGCCAGUGUGGGCGAGAUACAGUUUGUGGAAGAGCCAGAGAAAAAUUCUUCCAUCUUUAAGUUUGACAGUCUUGCAGAGGAGCUGCAAGUGGUGCAAAGAACGAUGCUGAAGAGAUGGCUCAGUGUGGAGGAGGAAGAUGAGACGAGGAGAGGUGAAAAGGAAGCAAGGAAGGAGAUAGACGUGGAGAUCAAAACAGAGACAGGAGACGGAGAAGAGGAGAAAAUUAUUGCCAAGAAAGAAGAGGAAGAAGUAGAAACAAGGAAAGAAGAGAAACAGAUCAACAACCUAAAGAGGAAAGACAGAGAACGAGAAGAGGAGGAGGAGGAGGAGGAGAAGGAAGAGAAGAAAGACACAAAACAACAGGAAAAUGCACAACAAACGAAGGAAGAGAUAGAAAGAGAAGGAGAGGAGAAGAAAGAAGAGAAACAAAAAGAAAAGGAAGAAACGGAUAUAAAACACCAACAAACUCAAGAAAAACAAGGAAAACAACAACAAAAACAAGACAAACAGGAGACAGAAGAGAAGACCUGCCUGAAGAAGGAAGAAGAGAGGACCUGCCUGAAGGAGAAGCCCAAAGAAGCCUUCAGUAUCUCCCCCACACACUUGGAGGCGCUGGUGAGGUGCCUGGGAGCUGCAUGUGAGCGCUCGGAGUGGGGCUUCGCGUGGGCGGGGGCGCGAAUCCCCUGGGGCGGGCGAUGCACGGGGCCCUUGAUGCCUUGACGCCGUUGCAGUUUCGUUCAGCAGAGCAAAUUACUUCUGCUGUUCAGAAUUUGAAGGCGGCGCUGCAGGAGGGUGAGUGCCACAGCAAAAGGAAGGUGCCAGUGGAUGAGUGUCUGCUGUACUUGCUGACUCGCCUGCACCAGAACCUGCUUCAA